AUGGCCCACGCCAGCCAACGAUCUCUCUCGGUUGAGAGUUUCAAGGUCAUGGACGUCCUUCGCAAGGCCAACCAACUGCAAGCGGAAGGAAAACAUGUUUUGCAUUGCGAAGUGGGACAACCCGAAACAGGAGCUCCAAAGACUGUGGCUCAAGCGGCUGUAGCUGCUCUGACAGAACCGCAAGUCAUGGGAUACACGGAUGCCUUUGGAUUGUUGCCAUUGCGAGAAAAGAUUCGCAAUCAUUACUCCAAAAAAUACAACCUGCAAACCGAAAUUCCUACCUCUCGCAUCGUCGUCACCACUGGUUCCUCGGGUGCCUUUUUGCUCGCCUUUACGUCCUGUUUUGAUACUGGUGAUAUAGUUGCCAUUGCCAGUUCCGGGUAUCCCUGCUAUCGCAACAUUCUCUCUGCGCUGGGAUGCCAUCAAGCCAAUAUACCCAUCAACCAAGAGUUCAAACUCACUGCCAAAGAACUACACAAUGAAAUUGUCAGAAGAAAAGCAGCCAACUUGAAACCAAUCAACGGGUUGAUUCUAUCAUCGCCAUCCAAUCCAACUGGGGCCAUGCUGAGUCCAGACGAAUUGAAAGACCUCUGUGCACUCUGUGAUGAGCAGGGGAUUCAGUUCCUUUCCGAUGAAAUAUAUCACGGGAUAUCCUACGGACAAACAGAAGCCACGGCAUUACAGUAUUCACAAAAUGCCUUGAUUAUCAACUCAUUCUCCAAAUAUUACUCCAUGUCUGGAUGGCGUCUGGGCUGGAUGGUUAUCCCCGAAGAACUCGUCGAACCAAUCAACAGUUUGCAGCAAAACAUGUUCAUCAAUGCACCCACAAUAUCGCAAACGGCUGCUCUCAAAUGCUGGGAUGGCGACACCAUUGAAGAGCUCGAAAAACAUGUCACCAAAUAUAGGACCAGUCGACAACUCAUUCUGGACCAACUUGCUUCCAUCGCAGAGAUUGACGACACAAACAUUGCACCGGCGGAUGGGGGAUUCUACAUCUACGUGGACUUGGGUAAAGAAAACGUAGCACCGGGACUUGGUUCGGUCAAAAUGUGCGAUUUGCUAUUGCAAGAAAAGUACGUGGCCAUGACGCCAGGAACCGACUUUGAAGAUCCAGAUUCCAGCUUGGGAGAUCGACGCUUUCGCAUAUCUUAUGCGGGUGGCAUUGAAACGGUCCGCCAGGCUAUGCAACGUUUUCAUGAGUUCUUCCCCACGUGGGUAGAACGGGUCAAGAAAGCCAAGGGGGAAAAGAAAACCAAAGAAUGA